GGUGUGUUCAGAGAUAUUCAUAACAUGUGGUGCUUUUCUUACUCAGACGUCUCUCAGUGAUAUGGGAGAAGUGUGUCUACGAGGGCGAACAUUUCUGUAGGUCGUGCACAGAGACAGCCGAGACAGCAUGACCUGGACAAGUUGUCUGACCUCAGCUUGGUCCUUCUGGACCGGACGAAGACAUGGAGACAGCAACGUGAGGAUGCUUGAAUCCAACCUGCUUCAUGACAACCAGAAAUCCAAAGAUCAUCCUAACAAGAAGUAUGCAGGGAAUGGCAUCAAGACCACAAAAUACACCAUCUGGUCCUUCAUCCCUAUGAACCUAAAAGAACAAUUCUGCCGGUUCGCCAAUAUUUAUUUUGUGGGUUUGGCGGUGCUAAACUUUGUCCCAGCCGUGAACGCUUUCCAGCCGCAGGUGGCCAUCAUUCCCAUUUGUGUCAUUCUGGCUUUGACCGCCAUCAAGGAUGCUUGGGAGGAUUUCAGACGUUACCAAAGUGAUCGCCAGCUCAACGGCAUGCCCUGCCUUGUCUAUAGCAGGAGCCAGCAGAGCUUUGUGGAGAAAAGAUGGAAGGAUGUACGUGUGGGAGAUUUUGUCCGGGUGCUUUCCAAUGAGAUUGUCCCAGCAGACAUCUUGCUCCUGCACACGUCCAACCCUAAUGGAGUGUGCCACCUGGAGACGGCCAAUCUGGAUGGCGAGACCAACCUCAAGCAGAGGAAAGUGGUGCCUGGUUUCUCCACACUGAAUACUCCAUUUGAACCGCUUAAAUUCAGCAGCACUGUGGUUUGCGAGAAACCCAACAACAACCCGAACACUUUCGAUGGCUUUCUACAAAAAGACAAGGAGAAGACAGGCUUUGACAUUGAGAGCUUAUUACUACGUGGAUGCACUGUCAGAAAUACGGAUCAUGCCUCAGGGAUAGUGGUGUAUGCAGGCCAUGAAUCCAAGUCCAUGUUAAACAAUGACAAGCCGAGGUACAAACGUAGCAAGCUGGAGAGAAAGAUGAACAAGGAUGUGUUAUUCUGCGUGCUUCUGCUCUUCUGCAUGUGUCUCAUAGGAGCCACUGGUCAUAUCUAUUGGUUGGAGACUUUCACUAGUAUUCCAAUCUACUUUAUCCCUGAAAGUGAUGGGAGAAUUAUCCAACCAUUGCAAGCAGGGAUCUACAUGUUCCUUACCAUGAUUAUUCUACUGCAGGUGAUGAUCCCAAUUUCACUCUACCUUUCCAUUGAGCUGGUGAAGAUCGGCCAGGUUUACUUCAUCACUCAAGACUUAGACCUGUAUGAUGAGGAGAAGAAUUCUCGGGUCCAGUGUCGUGCUCUUAAUAUCACAGAGGACCUGGGGCAGAUCCAGUAUGUCUUCUCAGACAAGACAGGGACUCUGACUGAGAAUAAAAUGGUGUUCCGCCGCUGCACUAUAAUGGGAACUGAAUUCCCCCAUGAGGAUAACGCAACACGAUUGGCCUUUCUCGCAGGGGAGACAGAUCAAGAUGAAGAGGUUAUUUACCAACAGAACAGACAACCUGCUCUAUUUUCUCUGGAGGCAGUCCGGGAAGUCCCAGUGGGAGUCAGAGGGAACUUCAACACUUAUGCCAGGAGUGGAUUAUACAGGCCAAGGCUCUUAGCAGGAACCCCUGGAAGAUUUGCUUUCAGCAGCCCACUGGAAACUGAGGUGGUUCCAGACCAGACAUUGCUCCAGCUAGUAGAAGAUGCUGAGUGUGAGAGAAAAAAUGCACAGUACCUGGAGUUCUUCCUGGCUUUAGCCAUCUGCAACACUGUAUUGGUUUCAACAAAACCUGUACAGAGACAAAGGGCAACAGUGAAACGUAGCACUUCUCACCCCAGUUCACAAGAGUGCAUGAAGGGUAUGUUGAAUCGAGUAGCAUCUCUUGGGAAGCUGAUCUUUAGGAAGAGAAGGCCUUUCUCAGAACCUUUUCCCAUGGACAAUAUGGCAUCUCCUGUCCACGAGGUCCCCAGUUUUUAUGCUUAUACUGAGAACCCUAAUGAAGGCAAGACCGGUUGGGGGUGGGACCAGGCAGGAAGCAGUCUAUGUGUGAUAGAUGAUGUGUGCUAUGAGGCUCAGAGUCCAGAUGAAGCAGCUCUGGUGCAUGCAGCCAAGGCUUACGGCGUCACCUUAAAGGAACGAACACCUCAUCAUGUAACUGUCCAGCUGCCUCAAGGAACACUGCUGAGGUUUGAUGUGCUGGAUGUUUUGGCCUUUGACUCCAACCGGAAAAGGAUGUCCAUAAUAGUGCGCCAUCCUGAAACCAAAAAGAUUGUAAUGUAUACAAAAGGUGCAGACUCUAGCAUCAUGGAGCGACUAGACACUAGCUUCAAAGAAAAAGAGCACAUGAAAAGUGAGAGGACAAAUAUGGUUCAUAAAACUCAGAACGACCUUGACAUGUACGCCAGGGAUGGCUUACGGACCUUGUGUUUCGCAAAAAAGGUUAUAACUGAAGAGGACUAUAAGAAGUGGUUAUUUAUGAGACAAGAAGCCAAGUCAGCUAUAGAGAAGAAAGAGGACCUACUCAUGGACACUGCAGCAUACAUGGAAAACAAGCUCACACUGCUGGGGGCCACUGGAAUUGAGGACCGCCUUCAAGAAAACGUUCCAGAAACCAUCCAGGCUUUGAGAGAGGCUGGAAUGAAAGUAUGGGUGCUGACCGGGGACAAACUUGAGACAGCCGUCAACAUUGCCUACUCCUGCAAGCUACUGGACCAGAAUGACCUGGUGUUCACAUUUAAAAUGGCAAACAAGGACGUCUGUAGGACCAUGCUGAACGGAGCUCUGAGUGAGAUACCGCAGUUUUUGGAUGAGAUGCCUAGAAUUGGGUUAGUGAUUGAUGGUCAAACUCUGGGCCUGCUCCUGGAUGAUGAUCUGCAGGCUCACUUCUUGCAGUUAUGCCAACACAGCCGCUCUGUGCUGUGCUGCAGAGCCACACCAACACAGAAGAGCACCGUCGUCACACUGCUGCGUGACAGGCUCAAGGUCAUGACUCUUGCUAUAGGUGAUGGUGCCAAUGACGUAAACAUGAUUCAAGCAGCAGAUGUCGGUGUGGGAAUAUCAGGCCAGGAAGGCAUGCAGGCUGUUAUGGCCAGUGACUUUGCAAUAUCUCGCUUCAAACACCUGAAGAAGCUUCUCCUGGUUCAUGGUCACUCCUGUUACACACGACUGGCAAACAUGAUCAUCUAUUUCUUCUACAAGAAUGUGGCUUAUGUCAACCUCCUGUUCUGGUACCAGUUCUUCUGCGGCUUCUCUGGCACAGCCAUGAUUGACUACUGGUUCAUGAUUUUCUUUAACCUUUUCUUCACAUCCUCUCCACCCAUCAUGUUUGGCAUCAUGGACAGGGAAGUUUCUUCUCACAUGCUCCUCCACCUGCCAGAACUCUAUAAAAAAGGCCAGCAUACUGGGGGAUACUGUCGUACAACCUUUUGGAUAGCUAUCCUAGAUGCCUUUUAUCAGAGUCUUGUUUGCUUCUUUGUCCCAUACUGGACAUACAAAGAUUCUGAUAUUGGAAUCUUUUCUUUGGGAACCCCCAUGAACACUCUGUCUUUGUUCACCAUCCUCCUUCACCUGGCAAUUGAGAUCAAGAGCUGGACAGCGGUUCACUGGUUUUUCAUGGUGGGGAGCUUCGUGGUGUUCUUUAUCAUGACUCUGGCUUUCAGUGCGCUCUGCAUCAGCUGCAACCCUCCUUCAAACCCAUACUGGAUCAUGCAGCAGCAAAUGAAAGACCCUGUUUUCUACCUGGUCUGCAUUUUAACCACAGUUGUAGCACUGUUGCCAAGGUUCACAGUGCAUGCCCUAAGGGGAACUCUAGUGCCCUGUGAUCACCUCAAGGCAAGGCAGAUAGACCAACUGCCUCCAGACCAGCGGGAAAUGUGGCUCAGAGAGUGGAGGAGCCUCAAAGACCUGUGUAGCUCAUACCCCAGCUUGUCCUCCUCCACACGUAAGCGCUCAGCUGCAACUACAGUUCACGCAGCUUAGUGCUGUAGUGCUCUCAACAAUAAUGUAAUAUACAGGAGAAUGUGAGCUCAAGAAAUGCCUUUUUAUAGACUUUCUGAGACACAGAACAUUUGAAUACUAUUUUAUUUGUUGGUAUACUUGAACCUUUGCCCAAGUGUGCAAAGGCAAACUCUUGAAGACAAAAGGGAAAUCAUCAUGAUUACGCACAAAAGAAUCAUUUAAUGCAGUGUUAACAACAUGGUGAACUGACGCCAGUCAAGGAUGUAACCUGACCAGCAUGGAGCCCCGCUUGCUCAGUUUCUGACUCAGCUUCAUCCAGCCUCUUCUCCACUAACAAGCCUCAUGGAUUAACCAUGGAAUCUGACUCCAAGUAAAUCUCUGAGGUUCUUUCAAGCACUCUGAGAAGUUCAGACUAUUAUGCUGCACUUUCCAUUCUGGUCAAUCAAUGCACCACUCACAGUUUCUCAGUAAACACCUCAAAAUGAGCUGCUUUUCUGGACUUGGUGAGUUGAAGUGGCGUUGGCUUCCCCUUGAGAAACCUACUUUCACUGUGAGAAACCUCAUUUGUAUUCAGAGGCGCUUCGAGCUGCUCAUGAAAUAAUUGAGGAUUGCAGAUGUUACAUAAUAUCUUGGUAUUUUCAGUUCAUGAAUCCGUGUUGACAGCAUGCUGGGCUUGAUGGUGAGAGACAGAAACACAAGUACUGCAGCAUGAUAUAGAAGCAUCUCAGACUACUUUAUGCUUAAUUAUUUAACAUUAUAUUUGACUAGAUUGUGUGUGUGUGUGUGUGUGUGUGUGUUCACGUGUGUGUAGGAAUACAAACAUUACUUGAUUGCAUGUCGAACGCGUCUCUGACAUUCCUCUUUCUUCAAGGAAACAGUGAUGAUCUGGCACAAAUGGCCGCAUAGUGAGAUAAAGCCGAGUAAACCUCAGUCUUCUUUUCCACCUCUUGCUUAAGUGCCCUCUGUAGCUGAAGCUUGCAAUAAAAUGGGUCUAGGAGUGAUUGGAUUUGGAGAGCUAGUUGCAUUUUUAUGUAAUGAUGUCAGAGCCUGUACGAGCGGACCAUUUUUGCCAUCUUGUGUUGGACUGCUGAACUGCAAAUUGUAUACAUAUAUAUACUAGAGAGACACGAGGAAGAGAACAAGAUGGAUGGUGUUUCAAUGUCAAAAGUACAGCUAUGCAUUAAUUUAUCAAAAUGUUUGUUAACUUUGAUCAGUCCAUCAUGGUAAACAUGGUUCACAUGGUUCUCAUACUUCUAGAUAUUUCUUCAAUAGAUGAUUAUAAAAUGUGAGAUAAGAUAACUACAGUAUAUCUUUAUUAACACUCCAUGGUGGAAAUUCAAAUAAACCUAGAAAACCUAGACAUUAAAAAAAUCAUGUAAAAGAAAAAAUAUAGAAUUAAUAAUAAAAAAAAUAAAGUCAGUAAAUAUAUAGUCCCUAUUUAAUCGUUCCUAUGAAGUAAAAUGGUCAGAAACAAUGAAAUGAAAUGCAUUAAUGAUAUAAGCAGAAUCAUUUAAGACUGCUUAUAAAAUCUAGCUAGAUAAGUGGCCACAGAAAUAUUAACAGAAAUACACAAUACUUGUCUUAUAUAACUCAGCUUCAUAUUUAAUUUUUGUAUUAAAUCAUUCAUUCAAUUUCUCUCCCUUGAUUGGCUGCCAAAUAAACACAAAAAAUUGACAGCACUAACAUUAUCUUACAGCUACAAUUUUCAUAAAUAUCUUAAAAUAUUUGUACUACUAAAGUUAUUUAAGAGCCUGAUAAUAAAUCCACCAAAGAAUAAUGAAAUGCCAGUUUUGAAAUUCCUGACACUUUUUUUUUCCCCAACACAAUACUGGCCAACUUUGCUUGAGUUUGUAAAAAAAAAAAAAAGCUGCCUUGUCAGCAUUCUGCAAGUGCAGUGUUGAAUUAAGUCUCUGGCAUUUACUGCUUCUGGGAAACUGUUCUUUAUGUGCUUAUGUUUUUGUGCAUGAAUAACCUGAUAACAAGGCUUAAAUGAAGGUGUCUAUCGAAUUUCUUAACAUCUGAUAACAAAAAUACAUUAUUUACAUAAUUUAUAUGAUCAAUUUUUUUAUUUUUAUUUUUUUGUACUAAGGAUUCUCAUAAGAUUUUUAAAAUGAUCAUAUUAAUACAGGUGAGUUUACGGGGUUGUAGUCCAAUUCUGCUCUUAAAUAAAUAAAGACCAAUGUUAUUUAUUAUCCUAAUACAAAAGGCAUAAAAGGUAGAAAACAAGACAGCUGUAUCAUACAGACAGAGACCAGAAUUGUUUAAUCAAAGUUUCAAAUGUCCUGCUUUUGUUAUAUAAACAGACUGAAACGAUGUCAUUUUUGGUGCUAAGAACCUACUUUAUACCCCACAAUUCAUAUCUGCUAAAAGCUCAAAAUAAAGAACACCCAUAAAUAAUUCACUGUCGAUAUCUCCAGUCUUUCAAAUUAGUAAAAGUGUGGUUUAAAUCACAUUUCUUCCUGAACUAUCACCUCAUGUGUGCAAUUUAUCUUGUCCUUUCAAACAAGUGUCUAUUAGGGAAGAAUCAGUUGUCCAAAACAAAAAGAAUCUUUUUGUUUCAAAUCUCAAACAUCCAUAGAGCAUAAAAGCCCAGAGAGUUCAUAAGUGUCCAUUUUGAUCAUUUGUAAUUUGCCACAUUUUAAUUUAACAUUUUGGGACAGUUGGAAUAUGAUAAGUUGAUUGUGAGCUAAUUGGAUGCUCUAA